ACCUGCAAGAGGAAAAUCUCGCACAGUGGUCGUGAGGCGGACUAAAAUAGGAAGCAAAGUUCGAACAUUAAAAAUGCUCCAUGUUGCUCGUCGCGCUAUUAAAAUGCCAGCGGGCGUGCUUUCGCACUGGAUUUAACGGGGGAACUUCGGUGGCGUAGUCUAACCCUCCCUUGCUCCCAGCAUGCUGAGUUUCCUGCGCAGGACCCUGGGGCGACGCUCCAUCCGCAAGCAUGCAGAAAAAACGCGGCUACGGGAGGCCCAGCGCGCUACAACACACAUCCCAGCUGCUGGGGAUGCCAAGUCCGUCAUUACUUGCCGUGUGUCCUUGUUGGACGGGACCGACGUCAGCGUCGACCUGCCGAAAAAAGCCAAAGGUGAGGAGCUGUUUGACCAGAUUAUGUACCAUCUGGACAUAGUGGAAAAAGACUACUUUGGACUGCGCUUCAUGGACUCUGCACAAGUUCCGCACUGGCUUGAUGUUACAAAAAGUAUCAAAAAACAAGUGAAAAUUGGCCCACCAUACUGCCUCCACAUGAGAGUUAAGUUCUACUCCUCUGAGCCAAACAACCUGCACGAGGAGCUUACCAGAUACCUUUUUGUAUUGCAGUUGAAACAAGACAUCCUCAGUGGAAACCCUGUCUACAAUUUCAGGCUUGAAUGCCCAUUUGAAACAACGGUGGAGUUGGCUGCCUUCUCGCUACAGGCGGAACUAGGGGAUUGUGACCCACUAGAACACAGUCUGGACUUGGUAUCAGAAUUUCGAUUUAUCCCCGAACAGUCAGAGGAUGUGGAGCUGGCUAUAUACAACGCAUGGAAGGAGUGCAGAGGUCAAACACCUGCACAGGCUGAGAUCAACUACUUGAAUAAAGCAAAAUGGCUGGAAAUGUAUGGUGUGGACAUGCAUAUGGUUCAGGCACGAGAUGGUAAUGAGUACAGUCUGGGUUUGACACCCACUGGUGUGUUGGUGUUUGAGGGACAAACCAAGAUUGGCCUCUUUUUCUGGCCGAAAAUCACUCGCCUGGAUUUCAAAAAGAGCAAGCUGACUCUGGUGGUUGUGGAGGAUGAUGACCAGGGCAAAGAGCAGGAGCACACCUUUGUCUUCAGAAUGGACCACCCGAAGGCCUGUAAGCACCUCUGGAAGUGUGCUGUGGAACAUCACGCCUUUUUCCGGCUGAGAGGGCCAGUACAAAAGAACUCUGCACGCUCCGGCUUCAUCCGCAUGGGAUCACGCUUCAGAUACAGUGGAAACACAGAGUACCAGACAACAAAGUCCAAUAAAGCCCGGCGGUCAGCCUCCUUUGAGAGGAGGCCUAGUCGACGUUAUUCUCGAAGAACAAUGCAUAACAGAGGACCUUUCCAUCCUCAAGAGGUUCUUUCGUCGGGCAAUGGAGUCAACUCCAGUAAAGACAAGCAUGUUUCAUCCAGUCGAGGCACGUGGUCCGGUGUGCCGGUUGUGAACGUUGCGCCUGCUGCUGUUUGUGGCCCGUUGGAAAUAGAGCCUCUGCCCAGGAGUCCUGGCGGGGAAAAGAGAAGUUUGCCCUUGGCAGCUGACCUGAUCGAGACGUGCAUUGAUGACGUCCUCAGGACUCCUUCUGCUGCCGCCACUCCUACCACGAAGGCUGUCGAUGAGGCGGGACCGAGUACGAGCUACUCCCCUCCCGGUGCCACUGGCGAAGAGUUACCCAGCCUAACUGAAACGGCAGCUCGUCUCAAGCAACUGGAGUUGGGUAGCAGUCCACAUCUGGCCAAGAAUAAAGUCAACAUCAAUAUGGUCAUGAAUAAUCAAGAGGACAUUGUGAAGCUCAGAGAGAAAUGUUGUCUGAACAGUGCAGGAAGUAGUCCGGUAGUCACGUCACUGCGACCCCCAGACGACCUCAAGAGUAACAUCCUGAAAGCACAAGCUGAGGCCGCCGUUCUUAAGGUUGGUUUGGAGGAACAUGUCCCAAUGAUGGGAGAUAAGAACUGUAAUUUGCAGGAAAACUCCUCCAGGUUGAAGUUGCGCACCGGCCGUAUGGGCAGUAACUCAUCUUUGUCUGGUAGCACUCGCCCUGACAUUCAAGACUCUUGGGAUCUGCUCAAGUCUUCUUCGCUGGUCUCAUCAACAGGCACCAGUGCUGAGAAGUUAGCUGAAGAUUCGAACCCUUCUCUACCCAAGUUGCCAUCAGACUCUGUUGUUGAAGGCAUCAUACUAAAGAUUAAAGGAGAUGAAGUUGACGUUCCAAACACAAACCCAUCACUGCCUGAUAAUUUGAUUGACUUCACUGAUCCAGUACCAGUUUUGCCACCUGUGCAGGCGCCGAAAGCUCCCAUCACCCCUCGCUGGAUCAUUCCUACCGCUGCUCCUCCUGGUAUCUUUACUAACGGCCUGCUCGACCUCGAGCUCCCCGCUAAGGUCGGCGCUCUUCCCCCCGCGGAUGGGGGAGCCACUCUCACCUCGGGCCUCCCUCACCCCGCUCACACAUUUCAUACCAACUCAGUGAGCAUUAUGGGUCAGCAGGCAGCCUCAGAGGAUGGAGCCACACCCAGCGGUCUCCUGACCACUGAGCUCUAAUACCCGCAAACGAGCCGAGUCAGCAGCACAGCAAGCCAUUUUAAAGUAACAACACACACACACACACACUAACAAACUACCUGGACUGGAACUAGGACCAAGAACGUAUUCAUCGUAAACACAUAUCAGGUUUAGUUUAAAAAACUUCUCCAGUCCAUCAUGCAUAUAGCGACUGCUUCCAUCCAUUUUGACCCUGACAAGCAUACAUUGUCUGACUUAAACGUGACCUUUUUUGUGCGCCACCUUGAUUGUCAUGUAAUGCAUUCCACUGGACGCAAACCUCACUGACGCGCUGCACUGUAAAUGGAUGAAAGAUGAUGAACGUGUUGAUUUGAAGAGAGAAUAACAACUGGACUCUUUUCAUAUGUUAAAAUAUGAUUCUGUACAUUCCUUGAGCAGCCUUUUUAUUUUGUUUAUUUUUUAUUUUUUUUUGACCUCUUUUUAGCCACUGGAUAGAACAUUUUUCUUUCUUAGUCUCCUAAGAGUCACUGGAUUACUUUUGCAGCACUGGACCAAUUGCCACUGUCAUGGAUGAAGAUCACUGUUACAGAUUGUUUUUUUUUUAUAUAUAUAUUUUUUCCCUGUGCAUGUUUUUAAAAAAACAUUUUUUUUUUUUUUUUUUAAAUAAAUAUAUCACACUCUGUUUGUACAUCGUGGUACCAACUUUGUUCUCUCUUCUGACCCUGUAUGAUGAACCCAACCAACCCGAUAAUGUGAUUUUGUUUUUUUUUAUGUUUUGACUGAAUGUGAUCCUGUCCAUGAUUUCCACUUGGAGCUACUUUUUGGAACAUUGGCUUGUUUUUUGUUGUUUAAUUUUUUUAAAUUUUAUUAUUAUUUUUAAAUGAGGAAUGUAAUUCAUCGGUUGUGUUGAGCUGUAAAAUGUGAACGGUGCUCACUGGAGCCAUGCUGGAGUUUCACACAGUAAAUUGAACCUGUGCUAGCUAUACAUGAGAAUUUAGUCGAUAAAAGUACAUAACGAGCUAUUUUAGGGUCACAACGUGAUACUGUUCCACGCUUCACUAAAAAGACUAUUUGGACUGUGACUAUAAUUUAUCAUUAUUCAAAAGACAGCUCAAAAUAUGUUGCUUUUCCACUAAUUCCCAUGCAUAUUUUGUGUAAAAUCCCACUAAAUUCUCGACUAUGACUGGCUUGUUGAUCUUGUCUAGCUACUUUCUUGCCCUCUUGUGGAAACUCCAUCUAUCUGCGUUGAGAAUGUGUGCGCAACCCCUCAUUUGCUGAUUGUUUUUCUUCCCAAAUACCUUAAAUGUCAUUUUGUACUUGUGAAAUGAAGAUCGAAUUCUAUAUUUUUGGACUAUAUUAAUGAUUUGAGUCUUACUGUAUAUCGCAUUUAUUCUUAAUAGUGAUUUUUUUCCCCUUUAAACUACCCCUUCCUUUAUCGUGAUGGUGUGGUUUGUAAGGGAAGCUGACUGUUGUCCCAAUCAGUGCAGUUAUUUAUCUGACCGUUCAGUCUUCACCUGUUACACGUUCAAGUGUGUGAGGAGCUCAAAAUUGUGACUAAUUCAGCCGACUGUCGAUAAAGUACAAUAUACAUUUUAUAUUGUUAGCGUGCUCACAGAGGACAAUAACAGCAUUGAAGUCAUUAAAAAGAUGUAGAAAACCAAGUGGAUAACGACGGCUGCUGUGAUGCUAUUUUUAUCAACUUGAUUACGAUUCAGUAGAGCUUUUAUAUUGCGCAGUCAUCACUUGUUUUGUUUUUUUACUAUUUGGGGAAUUUAUUAUGAUUUUAUUAUUAUUUUUUUAACGUUUACAUUAAUUUAAUUUUGAGCCGCAAAGCUAUGUGGUUAUACACCGCGUGUAAUUUUCAUUGCUUUAUGUAUAGCUUGAUGGCAAAUUUCAACUUGGAGUGGCAUUAAACAGCUUGAAGCUU